AUGGAAGCCCAGCUAAGACGAUACGAAGAAAAGGCAGUGUCUUCGCACCUAGACACACCCGUUCACUACGAUCAUACCGUCCUCUUCUCAGACAUCCAAUGUCUAACAAAGCUCAAAAGCAGACUAUCAACAUCCACGGCCGCGGUAAAUGGGCAACUCAAAGUCCUGCAAGGCUGGAAUAGCCAACACACCCUCCUAUGCGGCACGAGAAGCGCAUGCGACGCAAACAACACAGUCGCGCACCUGAAGAUCGAGAUCGAGCACACGCAAGACGCAUUCCGCAGGCUGAUGCGCAAAGCAAACGAGUGCAGGAAGCUACUGGACUCUAUUCUCACGACAAGAACCAACGCAGCUCUCCUACUCUCUAUUACACACAUGCAAACCAAUGUCAACUUACAUCGCGCUACGACAGACCAAAUGCACACGCACACUAUCGAGCUCGUGCGCACCGCGAAAGAAGGCCAUCAAGACACCAUGAACGUUAAGACGCUGGCGCAAAUCGCUACUUUGUUCCUCCCCGCUACGCUCAUCGCCGUAAAGAACCCAUUUGUCUGCGUGUAA